CUGAAAACUUGUUUAUUAUUUGUUUGUUUUUAUUUUUUCCAUCUUCAACACUCUAGUUAUCACGUACUCGCGUCGGUGUUCACUGUUCAGCGGGUUCGCCGAGUUGCGUAGUGGUUCUAUGAUUGAUUUUCGUCAACUCCGCAUUCGUAAAUAUUGCUAUCGUUUUCCGUGCGUUGUUUUGCGCAACAGCGUACUUAACAGUAUCAUGCGGUCUGCAAAUUACAACAGUUGCCACUUAGGGUAGUCGAACAUAACUAGACGGUCUUGUCGUUAUUGGAAAACGUUCUGCGCGAGUGAAGCAUACUCGCGGUAUUGUCUUUCAUAUUCCAAACGCGUAAAAGUGUCGCUCGCUCUCGGCGGCCAACUGCAACCCUGAGAGUCGUGAGCGAUUGUUUUUUCACCUUCGAAUGGAAUUUUGAUUGCUCGUUAAACGCUACGAUGACAAGCGUCCAACAAGAAGAAAAGCGGUUAAAUGAAACUACCAUCCUGGACUUGCCCGCUGAACUGAUCGAGUACCUUUGCUGCUCCAACAUAUUGGACAUGAUCGAUAUCUUCAACCUGUCUCUUUCACAUCCAAAGUUGAACAAUUGCCUGUUCCGUGAACCAAAUUCUCAUUUAUGGAAGACUAAAUACAUACAGAAGUAUGGUCAGUUGGACAAGGAUGAAUACGAAGUCAUUAUCGAUGAACAAAACACUUGGAAAAAUGAGAUUGAGAUGCGCAUGAGUUUGGCGAAAGCUGUACCCAUUGAAAUUGCACAAAUGCCAUGCAGAUACAUGAAGUUCAAAAAUAUACCAUAUCAUUUGUAUCCAUUUAGUGAACAGUUGCACUCAAAAAAUCAAGGACAUAGAUAUUAUGUCUUAUCUGCCUGCACAUCUUAUUAUAAGCAGCUUCUGAUCGAUAAAUGUUGUAGUGAAAAUUAUGAUUUACUAUUUAUGGCACAUCAAUUUCUCAUAUAUACAUGCCAAGUGUAUUUCGGUUAUAAGAUAAAUGAUUUCUUAAGUUUACCGCCAGCAGAACAAAUUGUUGAACGAGGAUUUUACUUACUAGGACGUUGGUGGUGUCCAACAGUUGAUACACCUUAUCGUGAUAUAUGCAAAAAUUUGGACAACAUAGCUAUAUCUGUAUGCAAACUCAUACGGUCAACAAAUUUAUCUCAUCCACUAUUUGAGCAUGAAAAUUAUUUAAAUCCAGUAAUUGAACGUGGAAAAACAAAUCUGGAUCAUGAUCUAUUUGAUGAGGCUAAUACAAUUAUUAUUUUUGAUUGUCUAAGACAAGUUUUAUUUGCUGACAAUCAACGAGUGUGCUAUUGCGUUCAUGACAUUAAUUGUUUUUUAUUACAACCGGUUAUUGAUCGCAAUAAGGGUUCUGUAUUUUUGCUCUGUGUGAUAUUCGAGUCAGUUGCUAGGCGAUUAGGAGUAAAAGUCAGACUAACUGCAACUUCUGUUCAUAAUUUUGUAUCUUGGUCAUCUUCAUGGCCUGGAAAUAAACUUAAGAAUUCAACAUGCUAUUUGAUAGAUAUUGCUGGUGGUGGUAUCAUGCGAAAAGCUACAGUUUGCCCAGUAUCUAGAAAAUUGCCUGAACAAUAUAAUGGAAAUUCAUCACCUGAUUUAUUUUGGACAUUUUGUAAAAUUGUGGAAAACUUGACUACUGACUAUAUAACUACACUUAAAUAUGUGUUAGAAUUCCAAAAAAUUCUUAAACCCAAUGAUUCAGAAGUUGAAUUUAAAUAUGCAAAAUUCUAUGAUUUAUAUGAUUACUGUCAAUGCCCUUUACUCAGAAAUGAAUGUCACCCUUUUGCACCGCACCAUGUUAAUGAGAAGAACAUUCUGUAUCCUGACUGGGAAGAAAUUUUUCCUUUGAUACCAAAAAAACGUGGUAUGGAGCAUGAUCCAAAAUAUUCUGUUGGUAUGAUGAUUGAAACAGUUAUAAAGGGCAAUGGCGGUAAUUGUGCUAAUAUUGUGACUAAACGUGGUGUCAUUGUUGGCUGGACUAGAGUGCCCAGUAACAACCCAUUGCCAAAUCCAACUGUGUAUCAUGUGCUUAUCAAACCUGAUUAUUUCGAUAGAGCUAAAGAUCAAAACCCUAUCAUCAAAACUAUACGGGAAGGCAGAUAUGAAAAAUUGCAGAGACAGCUGAAACCAUACGAUUACAAUUUCAAAAUCAUUGGCAAGUUUUUCAAGCAUUAUAGUCAUGAGUUAUACGCUUUUGUGCCUAUAAAUGACUUGGCUCAACUUUAUCCUGAUGAUCUUUCAUACACUAUUAGUAAAUCGAUUAACAUUGGUGAAAAGACUAAAUUAUCAAAUUUUUGUUCCUAAGUUUUAAUGUUUUAUUAUAAUUUUUUUUUCUUUCAAUACUAUAUUUUGUUUUUAUCUUACUCUUGCCAAUAAAUCACAAUUUAUAUUUGUGUUAGUGUAUGUAGCUAUUGUAAUGAAGACUUGUUUUAAGAAAAAAUAUUGUACUCUAAGAAUAAUGCACUGUUAUUAUUUGAUUUUAGUAAUUGAUGGUUUCUUAUACACUAUUAAUAUCGAUUUAUUGUUCCCAAAUGCGUGAAUAUU